AUGGCGGGCGAGGAGAAGACGGUGGUCCGCAGCGCGGGCGGCUUCGCCCUGGGCCUGGCCCUGUCUGCGGCCUACGGGCUCCUAGCCCUGCUAGUCCAGGGCCACCAGCCCUGGGGCUGCUUCGUGGUCUCCGUCACCCUGGCAGCCUUCCUGGGCCUGGGCAUGGCUUUCUCCCGCCCCGUCCGGGCCACCGUGCUGCUCCUGCUGCCCCAGGCCUUCUCCAGGCAGGGCCGUGCGGUGCUGCUGGUGGCGGCGCUGGGCCUGGUGGUGCAGGGCCCGCUGGCCAACGCCCUCAACAACUUCGGCCGCGCGGCCGACGCCGUGGCGUGCGGCGCCGAGCUGGCCCUCAACCAGACCGCCAGGACGCUCCAGCGCGCCCGGAGGCCCCUCCUCGACGCCCUGGAGAAAAUCAAGGCAGUCGCCCAGAAGUCCAAGGUGGUGGCCGACCGCAUCCGCCGCUUCUUCCGGGCCAUCAUGGACGGCGUCCAGCACAUGGCCCGGGCGCUGCGCAACGUCUGGUACUGGCUGAGGCACAUCGGGGAGGCGUGCAAUAAGGAGCUGGGCGAGCCCUACCGGAAGUGCUCCCGCGUCUUCGACGGCGCCCAGGACAACUGUCUGCGCGUCCUGCCCGUCCUCUUCUUCCUCUGCUACAUCUUGGUGCCUUUCAAGGUGGUCCUCUGCGGGCUGGCUAACGUCGCCCAGUUGUUCUGCCUCCUCCCGCGCUACAUCCAACCUUUCCUGCAGCGAACCAUCGGCACCCCGGUCUUAAACGUGAUCGGCCACGUCCGUCGCCAGUUCGAGUUCAACAUGAGCGUCACCCACCACUUCCGCGUGAACCUCAACGCUUCGCGCAGCCUGUCCCAGGUGGCCUUCGACCUCCAGGAGGCCGUGGCCCUGAAGCUGCACCCUCUCCAAGAGGCCCUGGCCAUGUUCAGCUACACGUCCAGCCUGGUGCUGGCCUACCUCUACGUCCAGGCCCUGCUGUACCGCCAUCGCUACCUGAGCCACGACGACUUCGACAACAUCUACAUCACCCGCCGCUUCCUGCGCAUGGACGCGCUGCGUGCCCGCCUGGGGCUGCCCACCGUGCUGCCCCUCAGCGCCACCGAGAACAACAGAUACAUCCUGCCCGGGUCCCCGUUCCUGACGCGUCUGGAGCGCCUGCGCUACACGGCUUCGCUCUUCAACCUGUUCCGCCACGUGCUGCUGGUCCUGCUGUUGGUGGCACUGGAUUAUGCCAUCUUCUGGCUGCUCGACCUGGUCAGAUUCCACCUGCAAGGGGAGAUCGUGGCGCGCAGCCCGGUGAUGGCGACGGUGACGGUGGAGGGGACCGGCUACACGGGCGAGAUCUACCGGGACCUCGUGUCCGCCUUCGAGGCCUUGCAGCAGGGCAACGUCAGCGUCCUGUCCAAGCGUUGCCUCCUCCGGCCGUCCGAGCCGGACUACACGGGCUACUCCCUCAUCGGCCUCAUGUACGGCGUCUGCUUCUGCAUCACCCUGGUGGGGUCCUACGUGGGGCGGCUCCGGAGGGUCAUCUGCGCCUCCUACUACCCGUCGCGGGAGCAGGAGCGGAUCAUAUACCUGUACAACCUACUGUUGGCGCGUCGAAGCCGGCUCCCCGCGGUGCUCUUCCGGGCUGCCCAGCGGCGCUCGGCCGACCAGGGCCGGAGUGGCGUCCUCUACAUCCUCAUGGCCAAAUUUCCUCGCCUGGCCCGGCUGCUGCGACCCUUCCGGCUGCAGCAGGCCUGCUGUCUGGCCUGUGGGAGACCCCGACCCGAGGGGGCCGGGGAGAACUUCGUGGCCUGUAGUACGCCCGGCUGCCGGGGCCUCUUCUGCCCCGAGUGCUUUCGGCUGCUGGACAACUGCUGCUCCGUGUGCUCAGCCCCCCUCAUCGUCCAGGGGGGCCUGGACCUGGAAGUGGACUCAAGCGACGAGGAGCCGGUCAACCUGUGGCGAGCGGCGGCCCGGGGCCUGGAGGGCGAGCGCCGGCGUCUACUAAGGACCAAGGUGCGGGACUUUCUGCGGACCGCUGGGGCCGCCUCCCUCCGCCUCAGCUCCAGCAGCAGCAGCAGCAGCGAGGAAGAGGAGGGCACCGGCGGGGGUGGCACCGUGCCCAUCUUCGUGCCCCCCCCCUCCUUCCUCCUUGGCCCCCUCCCCCCCGAUAAAGAAAGGCAGCGGAGGCCGGGCCUUACCGAAUCUUAA